UCCAAAAAACUAAAGAGUCCCGGAAAAGUAGAGGAUUCAAAUUAGCUUUUGAACAAUAAGUCUAGAAUUUUCUGGAAAUAUUCUGAGGAUUUUUAUCUCAGCAAACUGAUCAUCUUUUCAGCUGAUGCCAUCAACAAGGUGGCCUUUCCACGGUAAACUUGAUUAAACAAUACUCAUACCAGCUGACAGCACAAAGCAAUGGAUGCCCUGUCAAUCACCUACAUCACCCUGGAAACUAUCAUUGGAGUGUUGUCCACCGUUGGAAAUGCAAUGGUCCUGAUAGCCAUCAACCGCUCACAUGCCCUGCAGACAAUCACCAACUGUUUCAUAGCGAGUCUCGCCCUGGCAGACAUGCUGGUGGGGAUCAUUGUGGCACCUCUGGCUGCCCUCAGUUUCGUCGGAUUGCCGCACAACUUUCUGGGAUGUGUCUUCAUCAACUCCGUGGUCAUCCUCUUCACUCAGGUCUCAAUCUUCAGCCUUCUUGCCGUCGCCGUAGAACGAUUCCUGGCCAUUGUCAUUCCGUUCUUCUACCAGAAACAUAUGACUUCUCAUCGAGCGAUUCUAUUACUGGUGGUAAUAUGGAUUGCUGGUAUUAUCGUCGGUCUUGUGCCGAUGUUUGGAUGGAAUCUGGGUCCUCCAGAAGACAUGGUGUGUGCCUUCACCAGGGUCAUCGACAUGAGUUACAUGGUCUACUUCAACUUCCUGGGAUUUGUUCUUGUUCCGCUGGUCAUCAUGUUUUGCAUUUACCUGUACAUUUAUGCUAUUGUGCGGCAACAGAUGAUCAAGAUUGCGGCCCUUGAGAUCGCUGUUGAUGGACGGAAGAAAAAGAGGAAGUUCAUGAAGGAAAUCAAGGCCGCCAAGUCGCUAGCAAUUGUACUGGGACUAUUUACAAUAUGCUGGCUGCCAAUUCAUCUCGCAAACACUGUUAAUCACCUCUGUGGAUCAGGCUGUGGCGUUCCCUACCCAUUCAUAGUGGCAGCCAUUCUGAUUAGCCAUGCCAAUUCAGUGUUCAAUCCAUUUCUGUACGCCUACGGCAACACCAGGUUCAUGUCAGAGUUUAAGAAGAUGCUCUGCUUGUUCAAAGAGAGUGACAGCUUCACCACAGAGGACCGCUCAGUCUCAAAUAUUGUCAACACAACCAGAUCAGAUGAGAAUCCACAGCAAGAGAGGUUCUGAGAGCACAAACAACUGACAAGAACAGGAUGAAAAGAUCAUUCAAAAGAAAGGAAUAUUUGUUUAAUGACGCCUCAGCACAUUUUGAACUAUGGCUAUUUGUUGUCUAACAUAUGAUUUUUUUAACAUCCAAACUCUCCUUCAUUUUAUACCUUGCUUGCUUAUACGUCCACCCACCCCCCAUCCCCCAAUUUGUUUAUUUCUUCUCCUUUUAUAUGCACUUUCCCAUCUGCACGAGAUUACGUACUGAGCAACAUCAAUCAAAACAGUACAUACCACAGCCUUUAAUGUAUCAGUCAUAGGGCACUAGCUAUAUUGGGGGGGUGGGGUGUGAGGGAGAGUCCACUGAAGGUAAUUAUAAGCCUACGACCCAUAGCACUACAGGUAAAAUUAUUAUUAAUAGACAUAAAUUUUUACACUGAUUUCUUUUUAACAUUAAUGAACAAAUUCAGUGACACCAGCUUGGG